AUGCAAGAGGUGGUGAACGCCUUCUACGCCGAGAACAUAUCGGCCGAGGACCAGGCGCGGCUGUCGGCUCACCAGGACACCUUAAUCUCAUUCCUUGAAGGCGUGACUCGCUCUCACCCUGACUGCCCCGGCAUCGCCUACAUCACAAGCGGUGGCACAACUGUGCCUCUCGAGGUGAACGCCGUCCGCUUCAUCACGAACUUCAGCAGUGGAGGCCGUGGCGCAUACUUGGUUGAGACGCUGGCGGAGCGCGGGUGGGCCUGCGUGCUGCUGCACCACCGCACCGCCGUUAGGCCCUUUCGACGCGCACUUGACGAGUUGAGUACUGCGCAGCUCUUUGACGCCAUAGCAUCGACAACGGGGGCUGAGUUCACACCGGCACCAGCGCAGAAGGCUGAGGUGCUGCACGCCGCGGAGCUCUACCACCGCACGAAGGACCUCGUUCACUACAUCGCCUUCGACACUGUCAUCGAGUACGUAUUUCUUCUUGAGGUUGUCUCGCGCGCGCUGUGCGGCACCGCUGUUCCACAGGUGCUGCAGCAACGCCCAUGCUUGUUCUUCGCGGCGGCCGCCGUGUCGGACUACUACGUGCCGCUCCCCAAAAUGUCAAGAGAGAAGAUCAGCGGAGGGGAUGAACUAACGCUGCAUCUGUUGAGCGUGCCAAAGGUUCUCCUACUGGUCCAGCAAGAGUGGCUUCACCGUGCGGCGCCAGGCGCGACGCAGCCGUUCAUCGUUACCUUCAAGCUAGAGACGUCUGAGGAGGCCAUGAAGCGCAAGGCGAUCAGCAACCUGCAUGCGUACCGCUGCGACGCCGUUGUGGCAAACAUUCUGCCGAGCUACAAGGAGUGGGUGCUGAUCUACACGAAGGACAGCGACGACAGCGCUCCACUGCUCGUGCGGUGUGAAGCGGCGAAGACGAUCGAGGCCGCCCUCUGUGACAUGUUUAUUCCCCUCUCCCGGCGGUAA